AUGCGGCUCCCGGGCACGCAGGGCCCCCCCGCGCCCCGCCCCGGGGACAGCGGCGACAUCAGCGGCAGCGGCGGCGGGGACAGCGGCGGGCGGCCGCCCCCCUUUUCCGCCUCCUCUGCCGGGCGGGACGGCGGCUCUGGGCGCGCUGCUGCGCUGCUUCCCGUGCGAGCGGCUGUGCGGGGGCUGCGCGGUGCCCCCGGGGCGCUGCCCGCCGCCGCCAUGCCGCCCCCGGGCCCGGCCCGCCGCCGCCUGCCGCCCGCCGCCCGCCUGCCGCCGCGCACCUUCCGCAGCUACCUGCCGCGCUCGCACCGCACCUACAGCUGCGUGCACUGCCGGGCGCACCUGGCCCGCCACGAGGAGCUCAUCUCCAAGGUGCCACCAGGCAGCCACGGCCGUGCCUACCUGUUCAACUCCGUGGUGAACGUGGGCUGCGGGCCGGCCGAGCAGCGCCUGCUGCUCACGGGGCUGCACUCGGUGGCCGACAUCUUCUGCCAGAGCUGCAAGACCACCCUGGGCUGGAAAUACGAGCAGGCGUUCGAGAGCAGCCAGAAGUACAAGGAGGGGAAGUUCAUCAUCGAGAUGUCGCACAUGGUGAAGGAGAACGGCUGGGACUGAGCCGGGCUGGCACUGGGGGACACCUGGGGGGGCGCUGGGUCACCCCCUCCUUGGCACCUUCGCUGUGCCCCCGGCGCCCCCCGUGUGGCACCGGCCGCGGGGGUCGCGGGGCUUUUCUAGGGCAAUAA